AUGGCAGAACAAAGCAAGUUAGGCGGGACCGAAUCUCGGGGCAGUGGUGGUCAUACCAGCUCCUCCCCGUUCGCCAAACCCCCCUCGGGCGGAACUCUCAAGCUCCACCCGUUCCAAUACCACGCGAAUCAAGCGGACCUGGACCGCCUCAUGCGGAAACUGAAUGACGUGGAGGAUAUUCCGGCGACGUAUGAAAAUAGCUUUGCGCCGGAGGAUAUGGAGUUGGGGGUGAGGAAGGGGUGGAUGGAGGAGAUGCUGCAGACGUGGAAGGGGGGAUAUGAUUGGCGGAAGACAGAAGAAGAAUUCAACUCGUUCCCCCAUUACACAACGCCCCUGUCUACCAAAGGACACAACUACACUGUCCACUUCAUGGCACUCUUCAGCCAAAAGAAGGAUGCUGUCCCCGUUGUCAUGACCCAUGGCUGGCCAGGCUCCUUCCUCGAAUUCAUUCCCAUCUUCAAGCUCCUCACAUCAACCUACACCCCCCAGACCCUCCCCAUCCACCUAAUCUGCCCUUCUCUUAUCGGCUUCGGCUUCUCGUCCCCUCCGCCUCGGCACGACCGGUUCAACAACCUUGACGUCGCGGAUCUAUGGGACCAGCUUAUGCGUGGACUGGGGUUCUCGAGCUAUGUGGCGCAAGGAGGGGAUAUUGGGAGUUUCGUGACGCAAUUAUUGGCACAGAAGUUCGACGCGUGCAAGGCCAUCCACGUCAAUAUGCUCCGCGUACCCCUGGACUAUAACAAUAUCGACAAGUCCAACUUAUCGGCUUAUGACAGGGACUGCGCGGAUCGCCUGCAGGAGUUCAUAGCGACCGAAUUUGCUUAUAGGAACGAGCACGCGACGAAGCCGGGCACCAUCGGAAUUGUGGUCGGUAGUUGCCCUGUCGCUCUGCUCGCUUGGAUCGGCGAAAAGUACAUCCGAUGGUCCGACACGACCCCCACCCCAACUCAGAUCCUAGACGACAUCACCCUCUACUACCUCACCCGCACCUUCGCCACUUCGCUCACACACUACUGGGCCGCCCCGCCCAGCCGGUACGCGCUGCCCGAGACCCAGCCUGAUUUGCCUGCCAUCAAAAAGACGGGCAAGCCUGUCGGGUACAGUCUGUUCAAGAAGGAGAUUACGCCGUUUUUGCCGGAAUGGGCGGAGGGGCAUGUUAAUCUUGUGUGGAGCGCGAAGCAUGACAAGGGUGGACACUUUGCCGCUCUGGAACAACCUGAGCUACUCUGGGAGGAUUUGCAGGCUUUCCUGAAGGUAGCGUGGACCGCCAAGUCUCAGCUGUAG